CUCUGACCCCUGCUGGAUACAGAAAUGGCUAGCAAUUUUACUACGGCCCUGGCAACUUCUCAGGGCAACAACUGUGACCUCUAUGCACACCACAACACAGCCAGGAUAUUAAUGCCUUUGCACUACAGCCUCGUCUUCAUCAUUGGUCUGGUGGGAAACCUGUUGGCCUUGGUUGUCAUUGUUCAAAACAGAAAGAAAAUCAACUCAACCACUCUCUAUUCAAUGAACUUGGUGAUUUCCGACAUCCUGUUUACCACAGCUUUACCCACUCGGAUAGCCUACUAUGCGCUGGGUUUUGACUGGAGGGUCGGUGAUGCCCUGUGCCGGAUAACUGCCCUGCUGUUCUACAUAAACACGUAUGCCGGCGUCAACUUCAUGACCUGCCUGAGCGUAGACCGCUUCUUUGCCGUGGUGCACCCUCUGCGCUACAACAAGAUUAAAAGGAUCGAAUACGCAAAGGGCGUUUGCAUAUCUGUCUGGAUUCUAGUAUUUGCUCAAACCCUGCCUCUGCUCAUCAGACCUAUGUCAAAGCAGGAGGCCAGCAGGACGACCUGCAUGGAGUACCCGAACUUCGAAGAGACAGCUUCCCUCCCCUGGAUUCUCCUUGGAGCAUGCCUGCUUGGCUACGCGCUGCCCCUCACAGUCAUUCUCGUCUGCUACUCGCGGAUCUGCUGCAAGCUCUUCAAGACGGCCAAACAAAACCCACUGACUGACAAGUCUGGUGUGAACAGAAAGGCUCUCAACACCAUUAUCCUCAUCAUUGUUGUGUUCAUUCUCUGCUUCACACCUUACCACAUAUCCAUCAUCCAACACAUGGUUAAGAAGCUGUGCUCCCGCGGUGCCCUGGCGUGCGGCCCGAGGCACUCCUUCCAGGUCUCUCUGCACGUCACAGUGUGCCUCAUGAACUUCAACUGCUGCAUGGAUCCUUUCAUAUACUUGUUUGCGUGCAAAGGGUACAAGAGGAAGGUCAUGAAGAUGCUGAAACGGCAGGUCAGCGUGUCCCUCUCCAGUGCCGUGAGGUCAGCCCCUGAAGAAAACUCGCGAGAAAUGACGGAGUCCCAGGUGAUGAUUCACUCCAAGGCUUCCAAUGGAAGGUGAAAGAUCGCGGCACCGGACUUCACAGCACAGCAA